CAAACACUCACACCCCCAAAUUCGAAUCCGAAAACUCAUCGGAUCUUUGCUUUCUCUCAGCAUCGGAGCUGAUAUCGAUUUCAUUCUAGUGUUAUAGCUCAGUUUCUGGGGAAGAGACGAAUCACGGGGGUAUGGAUUGGGACAACGUAGCAGCUGAAGAUGUGAUCGAGGCACUAAGAGAAGUCGAAUGGUCGACCCCUCCUCGUUCUUUCAGCGAGUUCUUCUCCAGAUUCGCGUUUCCUCGCUCUUUCUCUAAGUGGAAGAGCCGUCUCAAAUGCAAUCUCUACUAUUAUCGGACGAAUUACUUUAUCCUAGUGAUUUUCGUUCUUGGUCUUGCUUUGAUUACAAGACCAUUGGCUAUUCUUGGUGCUGCUUUUACGGCCUUGGGCUUAGCUUUUCUUAACGACAGUUUUGCGGCUACUUUUAAUGAAAAGUUUAUAAGGACUAUUAGGCUUUUCUCUCCACACUUGGCCGCAAAAAUGAGGCCUCCCCACAUGCCUGUGAUCCGUGGGAGAUCAGCAGCAAGAAAGACAGUAUACGUUUGUGGUAAACCACGAUGGGUAUUUGUCGUUAUUUUCCUAACAGCAAGUCUUGUCAUGUGGUUUUCUUCGUGCGGCUUGUUGUGGGUCCUCUAUUCAUUUCUCACUUCCCUCAUCGUGGUUAUAGUUCAUGCAAGCGUGAGAACACCAAAUCUCAAGGCACGCUUAAACACAUUCCGUGAAGAGUUUCGGGCUGUCUGGCGUAACUACAGUGAUCUUUAA